UAUCCCCAAACAUAUGGGAAAUUUUACGGAUAUUAAUCACUACCCAGCGGUCAAAGGAGACGUUACAACCCCCCCUUGGACAUUAUCCUCGACCGACCAUGCUCCUCGGCAGUGCUCUUCGCUUCUGGGCUCUCGUCCACGAUACAGGCGUCCCACCUCCGUGCCUUACUCCUUCUGUCUCCUCUCGACAUGCAGAGGGGAAGCCCAAGCCCCCGACGUCACAGCGACCGGUCGAGCCUUUUUUGACACCCCCGCAAAAUGGACACAUGCACAACAUGUGCACUUGACUCCCUUCAGGCAGUUCAAGCCUUCUUCGUCUCCGAACUAUCUCACUCAUCUUCUCGAGUGUGCAGAUAUGCUACUGAUGGACCGUAAAUAUGUUAGGGUAACCAGCUGCUUGUCCUCGUUUCCCUGCCCCUCGCGUCUUAGUCGGCGACAACGACGGAGCAAGCCUUAUCCUUAUCGCUUUUCCUUUGUUUCCUACCUACCUGCAUCUACCGAGUAGUUUCCUUACGAUGCCGACAAAUGCAGGAUAUGCUCCCAAGUUUUAUGACGGUAUACCAGCAUGAUAGAAAAACAGUUUCCCACCAAGAGCUGCCCCUGGUUAUCGUGGUCCCAAUGUGAUGCAUACGCGAAGUGCGAAGUACUUAAUUCGUCGACGGACGUGACAGUAACACAAUACAAUACAGCAAGGAAUACCCCGCGCAGUGGGAGGAGGAGGAGAUAAUUAUCACACGGCCG